GCAAUGAUAAAGACAUAAUAAUAAUAAUAAUAAUCCCGUCCCUGAGGCGCCGUUUCCGCCGCAGCAGGCCCCGAAGGGCACUCGAAUGCAACACCCCCAUCGGCCUGUGGGUGGCAGUCGCACGCCAAAAGGCGUAUGAAAACUGCGAAGAAGAAGAAGAGCAGGCGGAAUCGAAGUUGAGGCUUUGAACUUACAACCAACGUUUUCAAUGUCCAGCUGCCUUUAGCCCAAACAUCCAAGUAUUCCUCUGAGGCCAUUGUGAAUGUGCUUGCGAGUGUCGGAAGGCCUCCUCGCAUUUACGGGCUGUAUGUUUUCUUGUUUUUGAGCGGCGGCUACGGUGGCUUCCGUGCUGUGUCGGGCCUUUUUUUCGUUUAGCUCGUUGCUAACGCGAGCCGAGUGAUGGCCGCCGCCGACUUCGUACUUUCCCACUUGCAGUCCCUCUGACAAGUUGUCCCUGGCUUCGCGAUGACGAGCGAGGAAGCCAAAAGCACCGCUGCUGUCGACGACGACGAGGCUCCUCCGUCCGAGUCCCACGAACACGACUAUGCCGACACUGAGGUGGCCAGCGCCGCAGCCGAGCUUCCAGCGGCCACCGGCGAUGAAGACAACUACGAGGACGACGAGCUCCCGAAAGUAGCCGGACAGCGCGGCCGUCGGCGGGCCAAGGUCCAGGAGGACAAGACGUGCUCCUGCUGCAAGGGUCCGUUUGAGCGGCAGGGCCGAGGCUUCAACCGGAGGGCCGUGUUCACCUUCACCACCCCGGAGGCCGCCCAGUGGGUCUUCCCCGACGCCGGCGCCAUCGGCAAGAAAUCCUUCGUGUGCGAAACGUGCGCGCAGGUCAUCCGGACCAAAUGUUGCCGCAAGAACAACGGGAAGAGGAUCGUGUGGCUCAAACCUGCCGCGGCCAAGCAGACGGGAGGCCGCCACAGGACGAAGGGAGGCCAGCGCAUGGGCAAGAAGAGCCACGCGGCGAUGCUGGUGAGCAAGUCGUGCUACCGCUCGGCCUUCCGCACGCUCUGGUCGGCCAAGGGCGCCCGCAAGCCGAUGAUGGACUUCCUGAGCCGCGAGCUGCGCGAGGAGAUGAAGGCGCUGUCGCGCCACGCCGACAGCCCCUUCCACCAGAAAGUGUCCAGCAAGAAGAUGUUGGCCUUCUUCCCGUGGGCGCGAUGCCUGGCGUGGGCGCAGGAGCGCGCCCCGCUCGUCACCACCUGCCUACGCUCGCUCUUCCCCACCGUCGGCGCCCUCGUCAAGAGCAGGCACCAGCUGUCCGCGGCGGAGGCGGAGCUGCAGGUGCUGCGUCGCAGCGUGCUGACGCUGGCGGUUCCGCUGUUCACCAGGAACAUCUGGACCAACAACUUCCUGCAGGCGGCGCUGGGGGCCAAGCUGCGGCUCCAGGGCUGCUCCGGGCCCGCCCUGGACACCCUCAACAGCCUGGGCCUGUGCCAGAACAAGGACACCGUGCGCCUGCGCCUGCAUCGGCUGCGGGGGGGCGCCGCCCACGACAAGGCGAACGGAGUGGAGACUCAAGAUCACAUGACUGACAUGGAAGAGGAUGAGGAUGAUGAAGAAGAAGAGGAGGAGGAGGAGGAGGAAAAAGAAGACGACGACGACGAUGAAGAGGAGGAGGAGGAAGAGCAGCACCCUCUGCCAGAGGAACUGAAGAAGAGGAGAAAGAAGAAGAAGAAGAGGAGGAGGAAGCGUGAGCGAGAGGACGACGACGAGGAGGAGGAGGAGGAGGAGGAGAGGAAAAGGAGAGUGGUGGUGGUACGGCUGGACUUGCUCAAGGGACACUCGGAAGUGGGCCGGGCCGAUCUCUCGGCACCUUGACUUCCCGCGAGGCAUUGUGGGAAAUGUCUUUUUUUUUUUUUUAAAUUUGCCAAUGCCUCGUUUUUGUUUUUAGACGUUUCAAAAGUGUCUUCAAUCCCAAAAGGUCAAAAUUGGAACAAAGGAGGUUUGUCUUGUCUUCCUUUCAAAACGUUUUUAACAGUUUCAUGGGGGGCAAAAAACCAAACUGGAUCGUUUGCGAUCAGAAUGCACAAGCCCAAACUGUAACCUUGUAAAUAGCAACAAUAAAAAAAAAAUGUUAAAAGGUUGAGA